AUGAGAGACAGAGAGCAUGAGAGGGAGGAGGGUCAGAGGGAGAAGCAGACUCCCUGCCGAGCAGGGAGAGGGCUGACUGUGUCUUAAUCCAUUCAGGCUGCUAAAACAAAAUACCAUAGACUGGCUAGUUAUAAACAACAGAAAUGUAUUUUUUCACAGUUCUGGAGGCUGGGAAAUCUAGGAUCAAGAUGCUGGCACAUUUGGUGUCUGGUGAGAGCCUAUCUCCUGGUUCAUAGAUGGCAAUCUUUCAGUGUAACCUCGCUUAGUGGAAGGGACAAGGGAGCUUUCUCAGACCUUCUGUUAUAAGGGCACUAAUACCAUUAGUGAGGGUUCUGCCCUCAUGACCAGAUCACCUCAUAAAGGCACUGCCUCCCAAUACCAUCACCUUGGAGGUUAGGAUUUCAACAUCUGAAUGUUGUGGGGACAUAACCAUUCUGUCCGUUGCACUGUGUAAACAGCAGAAUCUUGCGGAAAUGAUGGUGUGUGACUGUAGGAGCUCCAUCACAAAAGAUAGUGUGGUUUCCAUCUUGCUCUCUUGAAUCAGUUGCUCUGGGAAACCAGUUACUCUGUUGCAAGGACGUAUCAAGUUAGCUCUAUGGAGAAGUUGAUGUGAGGAACUGAGGCUUUCUUGCCACAGGUAAUGUGAGGACACCAUCUUGGAAGCCCUUCCUCCAGCCACAGUCAAGCAUUCAGAUGACUGGGUCCCUGCUGACAAUUUAACUGCAGUCUCAUGACAAAUCCUGAUCUAGAACCAUUCAUCUAAACCAUUACCAGGUCCCUGACCCACAGGAUUUGUGUGAGAUAAAUGUUUACUGUUUUAAGUUGCUAAGUUUGGGGAUAAGUUGUUACUCAACAAUAGAUAAUUAAUACAAGGGAUAAGGCUGGUGUCCAUGUGAUUCACUGGAAUUUACUUGUACACCAACACCUGGAGCAAUUGACCUUAUGGAAUAGAGAAAUGGUCUUUUAAAGACUCAGUUUGGGCACCAGUUGAGGUUACCUUGUGAGGUUAGGGUGCUGUUUUACAGGAUACAAUGUAAGUUUCAUACUAGUGGACAAUAUCUGCUGAAAUUUCUACCAACCAGGAAUUUAUGGGGCAAGGAAACAAGAGGUAAAAGUGGGCACUACUUUUUGUAAUACCUAAUGAUCUACUUGCAAAAUUUUACUUCUUAUCCCAGGAACACUGGGCUCUGAAGAGACUUCUUGCUGGUCAAUUUGGGCUCAAUUUGCUGCUGGAUGAACUGACCAAAAAAAGAGAGUCUAAUAUUGUUAUGACUUUGACUAUGACUAAAAAAUAGUUUUGCUGUUACACACUGGUAGCAGAGAGGAUUAUGGAUGGAAAGAUCUCCUGGAGUGGAUUCUGGAAUGGCCAUGUCUUCUGAUGGCAGCUAAUGAAAGACUAGAUCAUCUUAUUUGGGCAGGAUUGUAAGGAGGUCAAAUCUCUCCAACAUGAAAGUUCGGGUUACUAUAUCGAUUUUUAAAAACUUGAACAGCUGAGAUGCUGGCUAAAGACAAAGGGAACAUGAAUUAGAUUGCAGAUAAGGAAAAUUAUUAAUAUCAACUAAGGGUUCAUGGCUACCUGUGGAAAUGAAGACUACAAUGUGCAGUCAUAUUUUCCUCCUUCUUUUGUUAUGUGUCUAUCUCUCUAUUGUUGCCAGCUAGCUUUCUUCCUUUCUCUGCCUUUGUCCCUCUGUUUUACAUACACAUAGGAUAUGUAGUUAUUGGUUAGCUUUCAAGUUUGAUUUAGAAGUAAUAGAAUGUCAUGAUGGGAACAUGAUUGGAGUAGCCGAGAUCCUGGUUAUAGACCUGGAUACAGUAACUGAUGGGCCUGAGUUGUUCCCAUAUUGUGAGAAAUAUAGUUGUGUUAUGUUAGGCCAGAUAGUGUCUCUCCUACUGAAGCAUAAAUUGGUAAGAGGGAUAUGUGUUAAUGUGUGCAACCAGAGGGGUGGAUUCUGGUGGGCGUUUAUCGUCCUUUUCUGACUUCCCAAAUUCUGUAACCCUUCUAAAGCUUAGGUAAUUUCCUACCUCAUAAUUUUGGUUGAGAAAAAAAGCCAACUUCUUCCUCCGUAACAGGAACACCCUGAAUAGUUAUCUCCCAAGUUCUGACCCAGGGGUUAGAUCCUUAUACUUAGUCAUCAUUGUUGGGUCCACAGGGACCAGGAAAUAGAUGGGACAGUUAUUUUCCACUUGUCUCUGAUGAGGCUUUCAGGGAAUCUGGUCCCAGUGGCCAUGGAAGCCACUGUAAAUACCUGUUUCUAAUUCCCCUAAACAUCCUUCUCUGUGCAGAGGGCUAGACAAUGAAUUCUGCGUCUCACUCACUCAGGAUCUAUCAAUAUUUCCAAUACUUUCCAAACCUUAUAAUAAAAAAGAACAUUGGUUGGUUCCUCAGAGGUGAAGAAACCUUGCUAUCCACAGUACCAACUUCUUCUAGGUAAGAUUAUAACAGGAGAUAUAUAUAUAUAUAUAUAUACAUACAUAUACAUACAUAUACAUAUACACACACAUAUAUAUUUUUUACUAAUGAGUGAAGUUAUUUAUAUGUAUAGUUACUAAUGAGGGAGGUUCUUUGAAGAACCUCCUUUGUUAAAUCUUCCAGAUGCAGGGAAUGAUAGAGUCCUGAAUCCAUCACCUGGAGCUUGAGAUACACUGAUAAUAAUCAACUGUUUUACUUGUCUCUGUAAGCUACUAAGAAGUGGGAGAAAGCCUGGGAAUGUUAAAAGAGACAUACAUACAUAGAGACAUACAUGGCAGAGAAGGGCUUUGUUUGUGUCUGUGUUUGUUUUUAUUUUUGACAAAAUUUUAAAGAUUAGUCCAGUGGGACCACCGUCAUCUAGGACUGGGAGUUGGAAGUUGAAGGUGUAGAGACUAGGGGUGGAUCCUGACUGAGCAAUUCUAAUAUAGGUUUCAUUAACAUGACCGUGUGGGUGGAGCUUGGAUUGUUGUAUCCAGAGCCAUAGCUUCUAGGUUUCUGAGCUCUGCUUCUGUUCCCUGCAUCUGCAUCUAGCUCAUGAGAGGGACAAACCAGUCCAGUGUUUCUGAGUUCCUCCUCCUUGGGCUCUCCAGGCAACCCCAGCAGCAGCAGCUCCUCUUUGUACUCUUCCUGAGCAUGUACCUGGCCACGGUCCUGGGAAACCUGCUCAUCCUCCUGGUCAUUGGCGUGGACUCCCGCCUUCACAUCCCCAUGUACUUCUUCCUCAGCAACCUGUCCUUUGUGGACAUCUGCUUCUCUACCACUGUCCCCAAGAUGCUGGCCAACUACAUACUCAGGACUCAGACCAUCUCCUUUUCUGGGUGUCUCACACAGAUGUAUUUUGUAUUCAUGUUCAUGGACAUGGACAAUUUCCUCCUGGCUGUGAUGGCCUAUGACCGCUUUGUUGCCAUAUGCGCCCCCUUACACUACUCAACAAAGAUGACCCACCAGCUCUGUGCCCUGCUGGUUGCUGGGUCAUGGGUCAUUGCCAACCUGAAUGUUCUAUUGCAUACCCUGCUGAUGGCUUGACUCUCGUUCUGUGCAGACAAUGCCAUCCCCCACUUCUUCUGUGAUGUGACACCCCUCCUGAAACUCUCCUGCUCUGACACACACCUCAAUGAGAUGAUGAUUCUUUUCGAAGCAGGGUUGAUAAUGAUCACUCCAUUUAUUUGCAUCUUGGCUUCAUAUGUCCGUAUUACCUCUGCUGUCCUAAGAGUCCUGUCUACAAAGGGAAAAUGGAAAGCCUUCUCCACCGUGGCCCACCUGGCCAUGGUUUCUCUCUUCUAUGGCACCAUCAUUGCUGUGUAUUUCAGCCCUUUGUCCUCACACUCUUCUGAGAAGGACACCACAGCUACUGUGAUGUACACCGUGGUGACCCCCAUGCUGAACCCCUUCAUCUACAGCCUGAGGAACAAAGACAUAAAAGGGCUCUUGGAAAAGUGGUUGCUAUGACAUUUUUUCUACUUCGUAAUGAAAUGGGCUAAGAAAAUCUUGGAAGGAACUAAUUUCUAAGAAGAUCAUAUUUGUUUUUUCUAUUGUGCACAACUUAGCCAUUUGUCAUUGAAAAUUAUUCUAGUUUCUGUCUUGGGACAUCAAACUUGAUAUAGCCACUUCAGGUUAAAGGUGGAAAGAGAGAUCGUUUUACCAAAUCACCUGUUAGAACUGCCAGUGCCCUCCAGCCAAAACUGACUAGGAAUAUAUAUAUCUUGUUGAAUAAUUCUGGUUUAUUAGGCUCACAAAGGAGAAUACAUACCAUGGGAAGUAGUGAGCAUCUUAGUAAGAAGGUGCUACACAGGACAUACUAAAAGACUUGAGUUUGUGUGAGGUGAAUUUAGUGAGGACUUAAAGAAUUGGGUCUGUGCUCUGGAUUACAUGUGUCACAUAGUGGGGAUGAUUCUGAUUGAGUAUCUGAAAAUAUUUUAUCGAGGAGGGGCGCCUGGGUGGCUCAGUUGGUUAAGCAUCCGACUCGAUUUCCGCUCAGGUCAUGAUCUCAAGGUUGUGAGAUCAAACCCUGCAUUGGCCUCUGCACUCCAUGGAGAGUCUGCUUGAGAUUCUCUCUCCCUUUGCAACCCCCCCCCCCCCACUCUCUCUCUCUCAAAAAAAAAAUUUAUCUAAGAGGAGGGAAGACUAGACUAAGGCCAAAGCUGUGAUUGGCAAAGAAGUAGUAGUGACUCAUAUCAGCCAGGAUAGGGGGGAGGAGUUUGGUUAUUUUUGUGGCUUGGACAGUGUUCGCGUUUUUGUGUUCAGUUAUGAUUACAGAGUCGUCUCUUUUUGCGCCAUAACAGUCACAGAAUGACCUUGUGUGGUACUGAUAGUUUCUGUGUUCAUUGGGAGAGCACCGACAGCUAGCUGUGAAUGCCAGGAAAUCUCCUGUAUGUCAGCGCUGAUUUCUCUUUCUCACAACAGAGACAUAGAGAUAGGAAGACAUCUUACUGGAGAGCCAGACUGGCAGGAAAGGGAAGGGUUCAUUUAGGGCUCCAAGAAGCCCUAAUUUUGCCAUGCAUUCAAGGAAUUAUUUUUUAUCUUCUUACCUGAGCUUUCUGUGUCACACAGCAUUACAGUAGGAAUAUGGGUAAGUUAAACAAAUAUCUUCCAGAAUCUCAGCCAUGUCAAUCAACUGCAUCUUUUUUUCCACGGCCUGCCUUCAAUUUAUGUCAGUGCAGAGAUAUUUUACGUAGUUACUAAUUUAUAUCCUGAUUUUCUGCUAUAAUUUUGUAAUAAAGCUUUUCUAAAUUACUAUAUCAUCCCCACAAUUUUAUUUUACUAUACUUAUAUAUUUCUAUCAAGUUGCUCUAGGAAAAUAUGCUGCCUAUUAAUUCUGUUUCUAAAAUAAAACAUAAGGGAGGGAUGCCUGAGUGGCUCAGUCGGUUAAGUGGCUUCCUUCACCCAGCGUCCUGGGAUCGAGUUCUGCAUUGGGCUCCUUGCUCAGCGGGGAGCCUGCUUCUCCCUCUACCUGCCGCUCCCCCUGCUUGUGCUCUUUCUCUCUCUCUCUCUGACAAAUAAAUAAAUAAAAUCUUAAAAAAAAUGAGGGAAAUAUACUAUUUAAAAGUAUAACUAAAUUUACUUUGAAAAUGAUUGCAGAACAUAAAAAUCUGACCAACAUACGAAACUGGUUAAAACAUCACUAACAGGAUGCUCUGGAUUUUGAGGAACAAAGAGGAAAAUAGUGUAGUUUCCCUUAAUUUCAGAGAGAUAGGUAAAAUGACAUCUUGUAUAAAACAGAAUUCAGAAUCAGAGGAUGUUUCUGAGUUUAACAUGUGAUUUUUAUAUUUGUCAUAUUUGUGUAUUGAUAUGCUUGCCUAAUGGAAUAAAUGGUAACAUUUCAAUUUUUAGUCUAUAUAUCCAAGAAUUCUUUGUAAGAUAGAAAGUACCUGUUCCUUGAAAUUUUGAAAGAAACCAGCUUUUGUUUCAUGUAUUUUGGUGCUGUCUUGUUAAAUGCAUAUAUGUUUAUAAUUGUAUUUAUUCCUGUUUUAUCCUUUUAUCAGUAUAAAAUUUGUGGGCAUAGAGUUAUUCAUAAUGUUAACCUUAAAAGUAAAACUGUCAGUUAUUUUACUAGCAAAAAUGGGUUUAUUUGGGAAUAGGAGAGAAUUGUAAUUUGGGACAUGCUAGCAGUGGCAAAACCAUAGGCAAUCCCUGAAAACGAAGUAGAGGACUGCUCUUUUAUAGAGAAAGGCGGGGAGUUGGGAGGGGCUGUUAUAAGUGAAAAGUCCAUUGGAGUUAACUGGGAGUCCCAAAGUGUAGUGCCUCCUCAUUGAGUUGUGACUGUCAUUGUCUGGGUUAUUGCUGGGCCAGGAGAAAACCUUUCUUUCUCCUGCUGAGGUAGUCAAGUAGUAUCUACUCAAAAAGCUUCUGUUCCUGGGCGCCUGGGUGGCUCAGUUGGUUAAGUGACUGCUUUCGGCUCAGGUCAUGAUCCUGGAGUCCCGGGAUCGAGUCCCGCAUUGGGCUCCCUGCUCAGCAGGGAGCCUGCUUCUCCCUCUGACCCUCUCCCCUCUCAUGUGCUCUCUCUCUCAUUCUCUCUGUCUCAAAUAAAUAAAUAAAAUCUUUAAAAAAAAAAAAAGCUUCUGUUCCUGUUGGGUCUGUAAAUGAUGAGGAGUGGUAGGGUGUGAGAGCUCCUCCUUCUGGUCUCCCCACUCCAUUUAAAGUGACGUUUCCUGGGGUGCAUGAGUGGUGUAGUCAUUUGAGUGUUGGACUCUUGAUCUCAGCUCAGGUCUUGAUCUCAGGGUCCUGAGUUCAAGCCCCAUGUUGGGCUCCAUGCUGGAUGUGGAGCCUACUUAAGAAAAAAAUAAAGUUUCCCUUAUUUUCACAAUAAUAUUCCUUUAGUGUCCUUUUUAGGUCCAAAGGAUUCAUAGUGAUGACCCCUUUUUCAUUCCUGGCAGUAGUAUUAGUGCCAUUUCUCUUUUGUUCGUUAGCUUGGCUAAAGGUUUAUCAAUUGUAUUGAACUUUUCUAAGAAUCAGCUUUUGAUUUUGUUGGUUUUCUCUAUUGACUUCCUGUUCUUAAUUUCAUCGAUUUCUAUUGUUGUUUUUUUUUUAAAGAUUUUAUUUAUUUAUUUGAGACAGAGAGAAUGUGAGAGAGAGAGCACAUGAGAGGGGGGAGGGUCAG